AUGAAAUAAAAACUUUUUCUUAUGAAAACUCAUUCAUAUGCAUUAGAUCAUAGUUAUGGUCCUAAAUAGAAUAUGAAUUCUUCCUAAGUGAGUCAUUCUAUAUAGCCUUCACCAAGAUCAUUAACUUCUUAGAAAAGCCAAAACAGUGUGAUUGAAUUGCCAACUCGCUUUUAAAGUUAGGAUUUAAGUGUAAUAUUAGAAUCUGAAUAAGAUCCUUAAAUGAAACGUAAGUAUAAUUUUGAAAUGAAGGAUAUAAAUAUUAAUGCAAGAAUCCAUAGUUGGUGAGAUUAGAAAAGAUUCAAGAGUUGGUAUACAAUAAGAAAUUAUAGAAUAAAUGUAAAUAUACAGAGAAAAACAGAAACAUCAAAAAAGCAGUAUCAGUUCCAAAAGGUAGUGUAUCGAUAAUGUUAAAUAAUUAAACAUAAAAACAUUCUAAUUUCAAUCUAACUAAAAAAGUAACAGCUAGAUCAAAGUUUAAAAUGAAAUGGAAAACUAUAUAAUGGCUUUUAAAAAAUAGAAAAGAGGCUAUUACUUAGCUCUUUAGCAAUUAUCAAGUUAUGGUUAAAUAUGCAAAAAAGAAGUAAAAUGGUCUCAAUAAAGCUGAAUUUACAGAUUUAUUAAGUGUUGUAGGAUUGGGUACUGAUCUUUCAGAAAAACUAUUUUAUGUUUUCGAUGAAGAUCAGAGUGGUACUAUUGAUUAUAAGGAAUUAAUUGUUGGAUUAGAAGUAUUUAAGGAAGAUUCUAUUGAAGAAAAAAUGAAGGUUUUUUUUGAAAUUUGUGAUACUGAUGGAAGUGGAUCCAUCUCUGAAUAAGAAUUAUAUAAUGUUUUGAAAUUAAAUAUUGCUUCUUUCAGUGACCGAUAAAAAUUAAAAAAAACUAUAUCUAAAAUAUUUAUGGAAUGUGAUAUCAAUGGAGAUGGUUAACUUGAUAAAUAAGAAAUUUUAGAAGCAGCAAAAAACAAUUUUACUUUAAGAUAACUCUUGUAAUAGGGAAUAAGAGAUGUUAAGUAAAUUGAUAAUCUAAUUGAUAAUGAUCUUCAUGAAAAUUUUAAUGAAUGGGUUCCUGCAUCUGCUAACUUUGUAAAUUAUAAAGAAGGUAUUUUCUACCCAUACAAUGAUAAACUUUUAUAAGCAUUUAAAGAAAUGGAGGAUGUAAAAUUUUUAUUAAUAUUUUUAGAUAUAUGAUAAAAAAGAAAUGAUUUUCAAAUAUGUUCAUAGAGAUGAAUAAAGUAAUCUGUUUAAUUAGGAUUCAUGA